AUGGACAACCCUCCCGGACUCCCGUACUUCGCGCCUGCGGACAAGCUACCAGAGCCGCUGCCUUCGCACGAGGCCAUCGUAGCCGCCGAGGUCUGCUACGCGGACACGGUAUGCAGCCGCGUCGUCCGCGUCGGGACGCAUUACGUUGUCAAGUAUGGUCCCGACGUCAGCCUGAUCGAAGGGCAGACCCUUCGUUUUGUUGAGCCGCUGCGCCCUCCGCCGUUUCGGUUCCAAAGCUAUGGAUUUCUGUAUAACAACGGGCCGCCCGAGAAGGCCGCCUUCUAUCGGCACACAUUGUCCCUGGUCUUCCACGGCCACCGGCCCGUGUUUUCGCACAACGACCUGCAAACAAUGAACCUCAUCUUGCGGCCGGACGGUACCCUCACCAUCAUCGACUAG